AUGGAUGGCGGCCGGCGCGCGCCGGCAGGGCGAGGCGGCGAGCUGAGCGCAUUGGAGGACGAUCUGCUGUUCAGCGUGCUGCGCCGCCUCGACUGCCGCUCCGACAAGCUGGCGGCGGCGCUCGUGUGCAAGCGAUGGCUCGCCGUAAUUCGCGGCGCGUACACGCACUGCACCAUCCUGAACGUUCGCGACGAGCACGUGGUGGCCAUCGCAAAGAGGUUCGGGCCGAGCCUGCAGCGGCUGAACCUGGCGAGCAACAAGCGGAUCGGGCAGGCGGCGUUGGAGGCCAUCGGCGCGCACUGCACGCAGCUGCAGGCCCUCUGGCUCACCAACGGCACCUUCGACGACGCUGCUCUCAUGCCCAUCGCCUCCUGCCACCAACUCAAGGUGUUGGGGUUGGGCAACUGUCGCAGCAUAACAGACAUGGGGGUGUGCUGCAUUGCAGCGGGGUGCAAGGCGGUGCAGGAGGUGUCGCUGCGGUGGUGUGUGGGCAUCACUGACCGUGGCGUGGACGUGCUGCUCUCCAACUGCCACGCCAUCCACACUCUCGACCUCUCCUACACCAAGGCAAGCCACGCUCUUUCCCAAUCCCCACCACCCUCUCUCCCUGCCUCCGACAUUCCAUCACUGCCCUUGUGCCCACUUCUUCGUUCUCUUCCUUUCUCUCUGCAGUUCUCUCCAAUAUCGUCUCCCCUCCCCACGCUCACCACCCCCUCCACUGGCGGGCAGGUGACGGAGGCGGCAAUGAGGGUGGUGCAGCGGCACCCCAGCUUGACGCAUCUCAACCUCUCCAGCUGCCAGUCGCUCACCGACCCCGCCAUCGCCACUCUCCGCCACGGAUGCACCGCACUGCAGAGUUUGGACGUAUCUGGGUGCGAGCAGGUGACGGACGUUGGCCUGAUGGCGCUCACAGCGGGUGCCAUCCCGCUCACCGCCCUCACCGCCGCCUUCUGCCCCCAGGCAAGUGCUCGCGAUAGCAAGGUGAGUGACAACCUGUUGGCGGUGUUGCCGCGCUUCCCCGCGCUGCGUCGUCUCAAGCUGGACCUCGCCCCCAUCACUGACGCCGGCCUCUCUGACCUCGCUGGUGCCUCCUCUCCUCCUGCCCCCGCUCCCGCUCCCGCUGCCGCUGCUGCCCCUCCUUCCGAAACUAGCAUGCCAGAAGCAGGAGGAGCAGCAGCUGCAGCGGCAGUAGAGGAGGGGGUGUUAGCGAACGAGCAGAGAGCAGCAGCAGGCGGGGCGCAUGCAGCAGCAGAGGGAGCGAAGGACUCAGCCGCAGCAGGCCACGGCCAUGCCACGGCGGUAGGAGCAGCGCAUGGGCUCAGCGCUGCAGGGCAGGCAGCACCGCAGGUGGGGGUGGGGAUGGGGGUGGGGAGGUGGGCGGCGUUGGGGUGCUGGCAGCUGGAGGAGGUAUCAGUGAGGCGGUGUGAGGCGGUGGGGGACGAGGGCCUCACAGCACUGGCGGCAGCGUGCCCCAACCUGCUCUCCCUCGACAUCACCUGCUGCUCCUCUGUCACCGACGCCUCCCUGCUCGCCCUCUCCGCCCACUGCAGGCGGCUGGCGUGUGUGCGCAUGGAGGCGUGUCGGGGCGUGUCAGACGCGGGGCUGGUGGGGCUGUUCCAGCACUGCACUGCGCUCUCCACCCUCGACCUCACCGACUGCGGCAUCUCCGACACCACUGUGCAGGGCAUGCGGCACUGCCCAUUGCUGCAGUCACUGAAGCUGGGCUUCGACAUGGAUAUCACCGAUGCCGGCCUCAUCUCCCUCGCUGCCUCCUGCUCCUCCCUCACUGAACUCGACCUCUACCGUUGUGAGGGGGUGUCAUGUGCGGGCAUAGCAGCGGUGGCGCAGGCAUGCACGGGGCUGAGCACGCUCAACCUCUCCUACUGCCACCGCGUGCGAGACGCCGCGCUCAUAGCCAUAGCGCGCCACUGCCCCCGCCUGCGCAACCUCGAGGUGCGCGACGCGCCUCUCCUCACCAGCGCUGGCCUCCUCGCCAUUGCCGGCCUUCUGCCACCCGCCCCGGCACCUCAGGCAACAAGCGACGUGCAGGGUGGCGUGCAGCAGGAGGCGGGAGGGGCGGGGGGGCGGGUGUGGGGGUGCAGGGAGUUGCAGGAGGUGGAUGUGAAGCAGUGCACGGGCGUGGACGAUGCUGGCUUCAUUGCCCUCGCCCACGGCUGCCCCGACCUCCGACAGGCGAAUCUGUCGUACACGAGCAUAUCGGAUGCGGGCCUGGGGGCGAUGGCGGGCAUGGCGUGCAUGACCAAGUUCAACCUAGUGCACUGCUCGCGCCUCUCCAUGCCGGGCCUUGAGGCCGCACUCACGCGCUGUGUGGGGCUGAAGAAGGUGAAGCUGCUGCAGGCAUGGCGGCCGCUGCUCUCGCCCCAGCUGCUGGCGGACCUGGAGGAGAGUGGCUGCCGCUUCCGCUGGAUGGACAAGCCGCCCCUCGAAGCCCUGCGCUCUUGA